AUGUCCGACCACGAAUCUCUGGUUUUACCACCAUCGGUGGAAGAUCUCAUUGAGAUAUUCAUUCUGCAAGAGCAAGAUGCCUUCACCACUCGAGAGCACGACGAGUUCUACGUGGAGGAUCAGAAUAUGGACCUCUUUGACACCGAGCAGGCUGUGCGGUUCUUUUCAUACAUCUCGUGGUACGAUCCCAUCUGGACCCGCAACUUUCUCAGUCUAUCCAUUCCGCUGUUCGUGGCAGCUGCACAAGCGUUCACGGACGCGAAGCUCCUCCAAAGAGUAAAGGACGAAUGGACUCAGAACGAUAGCGACAUCAUCCAUGAUCUGGCCUCUGGAGCCACUGGCUUGCUCGCUACGAGUCUUUCGCUGAGGGACGUACAGCUCAGAAGCUAUGAAGCCAGGAACUUUGUGGAACAAUGGCAAAGUGGACUGGAUGGCAUCUCAAUCGGCAGUGUCUAUCCAAUUCUUUCAAUGCACGGUCCCUUGGGCCCAGCUCCCGCAAUCGGCGUUGCAUUGCUCUCUGGUUUUGCGGCCAUGAGCUAUCUGCUCUACAAGAUGAUCACAAUUUCGAACACGGAGGAUAAGAUCAAAGCGUUGUUCCAAGAGUUGGCCAACGACGAAGAUGCGCGCGCGAGUUUCUGGUCUGUUCUUGAUGAUUGA